AUGUUAAUUAAAGGUACAUUGUCUCGUACCAGACUCGCAAAAUAUAAAUUGCGAUCCCAUUCACUCAUCUCAGGAAGAAGGCACCUUUCUGUAUUUCAGAAUGUCUCCGAGUUAUUGGUUACAAUGCACGAUACUACUGGCUUAACUUGGCUGACAUUAGUACCCUUGACAACUAUAACACUGAGAACACUCAUAACUUUGCCUUUGAGCAUACUGCAAAGGAAACGAACUGUCAAGCAACAGCAGCUUAGAAAGCUAGUGCAAGCAAUCACACCAGUUACAAAAUUGCGUUUAGCGUCAGUUACAGCUACAAAUACAAAUACAAAUACAAAUACAGUUGGUGACACGAUUUCUACAGCAGGGAACAGAACAAGCGAAGUUUUCAAUGGGAAUGCAGGUAGUGUAAGCAAUAAGAGGAGCUUAACGCCGCAACAGAUAACACUUCUUGCUGUGAAAGAGACAAGAAAUAGGCAAAAAAAGCUAUUCGCAAGGUACAGUGUUCAAAUGUGGAAGAACAUUAUGUUGCCGAUAGUUCAAGUUCCUUUGUGGGUAACUAUUUCCAUGGGCAUUAGGGGACUAACAGAUAAACAAUUGCUAGAAACUAACAGCUACUAUUGGUUUAGUCAAAUAAUUGCACCGACACUGGAUUUGAGUCUCUCUCUAGAUUCGAUGCCAUUAUUGAUUCCAAUGGUACUCGGCACUCUCUCAUUGGCCAAUGUCGAAUAUAACGGCAAAGUGCUGGCAAGUUCAAGCACUUUAGACGCUGGAAUCAAGGUUGCGACAAAUGAUAGUUCAAGAAUCUCACAGAGUAUGAAUAGUAUUUUGAAUAUCUCAAGAUUUAGUUGCGUGUUCAUGAUGGGUAUCUCGUCACAGGCGCCGUUGAUACUGUCACUCUACUGGAUCAGCUCACAACUCUACUCGUUUAUACAAAACGUAAUACUGAAUUGGCUGUGGCCGUACCAAAGGUAG